AUGAGAAGAAUAUCUUUAUUCAUCAUCUCUGCUCUAUUUGGAAUUUUCAAUAGAGUUCAAUCUUAAGGAUACGAUAGACAAGCAUUAGCAGGAUGGUUCCUCGGUCUUAAUCCAGAAAAAGUUGUUUAUGCAGUAAACUGUGGUUCUAACGAUGAGGCUACUGACAUGAUUGGUGUCAGAUACAUGCCUGAUCAAGGAUUCACUGGGGGUGUUGCCUCCGAAGAUGGUGUUGGGCAUUAAUGGCUAUUCCCGAACUCAGAUAUUUAUCACUCUGAGAGAUAUGGAGCAAAUGAAGGAUUUAAAUAUCACGUGCCAUUGCCAAAAGAGGGAUAAUAUGCUCUCGUGUUAAAGUUCUCUGAGGUCUACUUCUAGGAGCCAGGCCAAAAAAUAUUUGAUAUUAAGAUUGGAAAGAAGACUAUCGUUCCUGACCUUGAUAUUUUUGGAAAGGUUUUCUCCAGAGCUAUCCCUUAUGAUACCUUUACUGAAUUCAAAGUCAAGGAUGGAAAAAUUUUUGUUCAAGGUGAAGAGGUUCAAGGAGCUGUAAAGAAUGGAAAAUUCUUGAUUGAUUUCGUUGUCGGUAAAGCUGACAACCCCAAAGUUAACGCAAUCCUGAUUGUUGAAGGUGGAUUAAAGAAUACCCAUCACUAAGCCCAUGAAAGAUACCUUAAGGAGUUGGACAAAAUCAGAAAAUUGCAAGAUGGUCAAGCUACUGAGCCAGCUGAAUAACAACAAUAAGAAAUGCAAGCCCCAUUCUCCUCAAAUAUCGACUUUUUCGCUGAUGAUGAGGAUCUUUCUCAACCCAAAGGUUAAGUUAACUCACUCCUAGAAAGUCCAUACAUGCUUGAAGGUUUUUCAAUCGGUUUCCUAAUUCUUUUCUUCGGAAUUCUCAAUGUUCUUACCACUGAAAAUGAGAAUGCAUUAGUUAGCAAAGCAGAUCUUAAGAGAAAAAGAGAUUGA